AUGUCGAACCAGAAAGAUCGAGACUAUACCGAUCCGGCCAUCUACUCAACGCACCAUCAGAAAUUUGAGAAGGCUGGUUUGCCAACAACCCAGCAAGGAUGGAUUCAACGUGCCCAGGACGUUGCCGUCAUUCUGGGAGAGGACGCUGCUGCGCGUGAUAUCGCCAACAAAUCCCCUGUUGCAGAGGUCUCGUUGUUGAAGUCCAGCGGUCUGCUCAAGGUUCUUGGUCCAAAGCAGUACGGCGGAGGUGCACAAAGUUGGGAGACUGGCUACAAAGUCAUCCGAGAAGUGGCCAAGACGGAUGGAUCGCUUGGUAUGCUUCUAGGCUACCAUUUGCUGUGGUCCACUACUGCCAAUGUGGUUGGAACUGCUGAGCAGGCAGAUUCUAUCCAACAAGUCAUUAUUCAAAACAACUUCUUCGUUGGAGGUGCUGUCAACCCUCGAGACAGCGACUUGAAGAUCACCUCUGAAGGUGACGAGAUUGUCUUCAAUGGCUUCAAAAACUUCAACACUGGUGGUGUCAUCUCUGAUUUGACAGUCCUUGAAGGUGUCCUCGACGGCACGGAAGACCACAUCUUCACGCUGGUCAAGACCGAUCAGGUUGGCAUUCAAUUUGCUCACAACUGGGACUCUGUCGGCCUACGCCUGACCGAAUCCGGCAGCGUCAAAAUCAGCAAUGUUCGCGUGCCAUGGACCGAUGCUCUUGGAUGGGAUGCCCAUAAGAAGAAGCCCGACCCAUCUGUAUUGGGCAUCCCUUUUGCGAGCCUGCUGCUGCCAACUAUCCAGUUAGUCUUCAGCAACUUCUACCUCGGAAUCGCACAGGGAGCUCUGAGCGCUGCAUCAGAGUACACCACCAAGUCCACUCGUGCAUGGCCUUUUGGCGGUGACAACAAGGACAAGGCUAUUGAGGAGUUCUACAUCCUUGAGAGAUACGGCGAGUUCCGCUCCCACCUCGCGGCUGCGGACGCAUUGACCGACCGUGCCGGUGCUGAGAUUGCGAACCUAUACCGCGAAGCCGGUCAAUUUGGGUCUGUCAUCGAUGACGAGAACCUCUUGAAGAACAGCGUCAGCCCCAACUAUCUCGUGCCUACACCCGGCGAUGCCAGCAGACCAAAUCCUCCCUACACGCUCUCCACCGCAGCAGCUUUCCAGAAUAUUGGUGCCGAGGCUAAGCAGAGUAAUGGAACUUACACCAACGGUCACACCAAUGGCACUUCUAAAAAGGGUCGCGACGCCAUCACUGCUCAACGUCGUGGUGAGGUAUCCGCUUUUGUAGCGCAUGCCAAGGUCGUUACCACCGAUACUGGACUUUCUGUCACUUCUGGAAUUUUCGAAAUGCUUGGUUCAAGAGCCACAGGAAAGAAGUAUGGUUUCGACCGAUACUGGCGUGACAUUCGUACCCAUAGCUUGCACGACCCGGUGGCGUACAAGAAGCGUGAAGUCGGUCGAUGGCAAUUGUUGGGGGAAAUCCCGGAGCCAACGUGGUACACUUAG